AUGAAAGAUUUAGGUUUGCUUAGUUAUUUUCUCGGCUUGGAAAUUUCUCAUGAUCCUUUUGGUUACUUUCUCACCCAGGCCAAGUAUACCUUUGAUCUCUUGGCUCAUGCUAGUCUUACCGAUUGCAAGACUGCUCCUACCCUAUUUGAUCCUCAGACUCGUCUCACACCUCUUGACGGUCACCUGUUGUCUGAUGCUACCUUAUAUCAUCAGCUAGUUGGCAGUCUUGUUUAUCUCACAGUUACUUGUCCAGACAUUGUCUAUGCUGUUCACAUUGUCAGUCAGUUCAUGGCUGCUCCUCGCUCUUCGCACUAUGAUGCUUUGGUUCGCAUUUUGCGCUAUCUGAAAGGAACUAUGUUUCAUGGUCUUCACUACUCAGCACACUCAUCUCUACAGUUACAAGCAUUUUUUGAUGCAGAUUGGGUAGGGGAUGCUACUAAUCGCCGUUCUACUACAGGAUUUUGCUUCUUCUUGGGUGACUCUCUCAUUGUCUGGCGUAGCAAGAAGUAA